AUGAGAUUGAAGACAAGCCCAUCAAGUCCAAGAAUUAAUAGCACCCAAUCACGAUGGAAGACGCUGCUUUUAUCAGGAGUAGUCAUUGGCGGCGUUAUUAGUCAGUCGCCACUUGUACAACAAAAGCCAACCGCCAGCCUCAAUCCACCAUCCGAAUCCAAAUCAUCUUUGAAAAGGUCAUCAUUCACAAGAUUGAAAGGUACAAAAGAAGAUACUAUCAUACCGACUGUGGAAUACGAUGUCGAUGGAAAUUGCAAGGCGUUGCCAUUUAUAAGACCGGCCGGGACUUACUUUUUGAACGCCGACAUCCAACCCGCGCCUUCGCCAGAGGCUGUGACACCUGCCUUUCACGUCGGUUCUUUUCUUGCGAACAAAGUCACGCAUCACAUGUUGGGCGACAUUCCUCAUUUUGAAUUAAUCAAAGAGUUGUUGGAAGGCAAAGAAGGAGGACUAACCCUGGACAUUGGUGCGAAUCAAGGAUUUUAUACCUAUUACUUGGCGGCACUUGGGAUGGAAGUUCAUGCGUUUGAGAUUCAGGAGGCCAACUUUGUGUCGCUGCAACACGGAGCCGAAUACAAUCCCAAGGAAGUUGCCGAACAAGUUUUUGUCUAUCCAGUUGGAUUGGGAACCCGGACGGGGCGAAUGAGUAUGGGUGGAUCCACCUACGAUGGACAUUUGAAAGGAAUCGUGGGCUUGAAUGAUGGAACCAUUCAAACGACUUCCGUAGAUUGCUUUGUUUAUCAAAACAUUCAAAAUUUGGGCAACGACCUGCUUUCGAAUGUAGCCUUUGUCAAGAUUGACGUAGAGGGCUUUGAAAUUGCCGUCCUACAAGGUGCGAGGCAGAGUUUGUUUGGACCACAGGGGCAUGUGGGAGGCUUAAUUAUGGAAGUAGGUCCCAGCCGUUGGAAUCGUGCCUUUGUCAGUUUCAACAUUGGAGUGCAAGAAAUGAAGAAAGUUGCCGGUCAUUUUCAACAAUCAUACAUUUUGGUAAGGACCAGUGGCACCUUUGUCCAAUCAUGUCCAACCAGCCUUGUAAAAGGUGUCAUCCAGGAUACGAACCCAAGAGUAUUGGAGGGAGCCGAAAUGUACAAGAUGGAGAUGGAUGAAUGGGAGCCAGUGCUGAGUAAACUGAAUGAAAUUGAAGGAGACUGCAACUUUUGGUACAUCAACUAG